GAAAGAUUUGACUGCGGUGUUACCGUAAAAAUGUAAUGCGCUGUAAAUAAUUGAUCUUCUUCGUUCUUCUCGCGUAGGAAAAAAUAAAUACGUUCCGACGGAAUGCGCAAUGUGACAUUUGGUCUAGAUUACUUUUGCAAUCAUUUAUUUUUAGCACAAGUAUUUCUUAACAGGCGAAGCUUUCUUCUCGUCAAUUGUAUUAUUUUACAAGUACAUAAACACAGGUAGUAUUAAAAUUACCAAUAGUCAUACAUAUAUAAUGAUUGCAGAAAUAGGCACAGAAGGCUUUCAGCCAAUGACAAGUUUUACCGAGGAAAGUCUAUUUAAAUUACAAUGUUUGAUCAAAGCAACAGAGAUACAACACAGUACACAGUGUGAAUAUGGAAAGAAAUUGUUUCUAGCGCUUGUGACAGGAAAUGCCGAAAUUUUUUUAUAUUAUAAGAAAGACUCAGUAUCUAGUGCAGUGAUUAAAAGAAUACCUUGGUUCCAAGGAUCUCACAAGCAAAUCUCUGCUUUAUGUUUUAACUUUAUGGGAUCAUGGUUGCUCUCUACAAGUGUUGAUGGAUCUGUAUAUAUAAUCCCUGCUCUAUACUUUGUAGAUGAAAAUUGUGAAAAGGAUAGAAGAUGGACUAGUGAUGAUAUAACUUCAUUUCCUCCUAUUAGUUCGCAAUCAUCUCAUUCAAAGCCUACUGCAAUUGUAUGGUGGCAAAGUACGAUAAUACCUGCUGAGAUUGGUAUUAUUGGGACUGAAUAUGGAGAGAUUAUAUUUAUAAAUCUUGAAACUGGCCACCAAACAAAUGUUACACAAAUCAAGGGCAAUAUUGCCAGUUUGCACAUUUGUCGUGAUCAAAGUAAUGAUAUUGUAUCUCUUCUAAUAACAAAUCAAUCCAGAAGACAGUGGAGAUUACUUUUGGAACAGCGUACAUAUAGUUGUUUGCAGCACUUAGAGAAUGGAGAAUCAUACAAUGCGUUGCAUACAAAUGAUAACAUGUAUGAUAAUACUAGAAUAUUUGCUUCUACUAGAUCUAGAUUGCAAGGACUCAAGCAGUUGUCUGUGGACAAACUUGCAAUUCUUAGACAAAAAUUGAUAGAAACGAAAAGUCAGACAUUAGGAGAAAAUUUACAAUAUCAUGACAUUACAAGUAAUCGAAAUAUUCAAAAUACAAGUAUUAAUUCUGAUUCUUCUACAGAAGUAAAUCAGAAUCAGAUAACACCAGAAGCAAUGUCAAAAGAGGUAUUUCUGAUGUCUCAGUUCGAUAGGGAUGGACAACAAUUGUAUACAUGUUAUCAUUCUAUUACAAAUCAAAUAUUGGUAUAUGGACCUAAUUUUACUACUGUACCUUUAUCAGCACAUAAAGUAUUUGAAUCAUGUAAAAAUGUUUUAUUAACUCAACGAUUUUUUUUCAUUACUGACGUCAGUCAGCGUAUGAUGUAUGUAAUAUCGGAUAGAUUAUCCGAAACUCGUAAGAAUGAUAAUGGUAAAUUCAAUCCAGAGUGCAUUGUUGGUCACUUUUCUUUGGUGAAUAGCAAAGAAGUUAUACGUGCUGUAUAUAGAACCAUUGAUUGUAUGAAUAGUGUACCAACGACACAUUCUGAAGAAAUUAGAAAUAAAUACACGUUACCAAAGGCAGUAAAAGAUAUUAAAAUUGAAUUACCUCAUGUGGAUACUUGUUUAAUUGUAACAAAUCAUUCUGUAUAUAAAAUUGUUUUAAGAAAAUCAAUAUUAUCAAUUUUUAUGGAAUUAGUAUUAAAAAAUAAUGAUCUUGAGAAAGCGACAAAAUUGGCUAUAGUAUUCGGCAUUAAUGCACAACAAUUAUUAGAACAAGCUGGUGAUAUACUUUUGACUAACAAAGAAUUUCCACGUGCUGUGGCUUGCUAUAAAUUGUCAAAAUGUAGAAUAAUGAAAAGUAUGUUAAAAUUUGCAUCUGUUGGUUAUACAGCUGAUUUAUUACGUUGUCUCACACAUUGUUUAGCAUCCCCUGCUAUUAGUGAACUUCCUGUAGCACCAAGGAUACAUCUUUCUAACUUAUGUGUUCUUGCUUUUAUUGAACGGACACUUAGAAUUUCAUCUCAAAAAUCCAAGAUUAUAUAUAAAGAAUUUUUGUAUUUCUUAUCUACAAAUUCUUUUUACGAUGAAUUAUUAGCAGUUAAUAUUGCUGGACAGACGUGUCUUUGGGAAGUGUUGCACCAUUUAGCAACACAGAAGGGUCUUUAUGGACAAAUGCUAGAUAUUCUUAUGAGGACAAUACAUACUUUCAGCAUAAGCAAUUUUCAGCCAACACCAUAUGGUUUGUUGAUAUGUAUCAGUGAACCAAGUCUAAUGCAAGCAAUGUUAGUGUAUCCUGAGUUAGCUAGAAGUCAUAUGUCAUUUAUUCUUGAUAAUCUUCAAGACUCCCAAAUUUUUGUACUUCAAAGAUUAGUAACAUUAUACGAUCCAACGAAUCCAGUGAUAAGACCUAGAGUAAUGCGAUGCCGGUUACGCAAUAGAACAACUUCGCAUAGUUCUCAAUCUAGUCAAUGUGAUUCUAUAGAUCUCGUGGAAAAUGAUGAGGCUGAUACACUGAUAGAAGAAAUCAUAGAAACUUUUUUACUAAUUUUACUGACUUUGAUUUAUAAAAGAUCUAUUUUACAUCAAGAAUCUAUUACAUGUAACAUUGAAUUGUUAGAGCUUAAAAAGGAUCAUAAGAAUACUAAUUCUGGUGCUGAUUUUAAAAGAAGGCUAUUAUGCGCUGGAUUCUCUCAUGUUGCCCUUAUUAGGAAUGGAAAUGUUUAUACAUGGGGAAGUUCUGUGCAAGGCUGUUUAGGAACUGGUCCAUCCGUGUUGAGGUAUGGUUCACCUCAAGCUAUAACUUUUUUUUUGAUCAUGGAGGUUGAAGUUCUCAGCGUAUCUUGUGGUCACUGUCAUACUUUGGCGGUAACUAAUAAUGGCGUUUAUGCAUGGGGAUCAAGUCAAUUCGGUCAAUUGGGUGUAGGGAAAAUUCUUCAGUGUCCAACUCCUGAAUUGAUCACUUCUUUAGCUCAAGAAGUCAUUGUUGAUGCAGUAGCUGGACAGUAUCAUUCAGUAGCAUUGACUGCGGAUGGCAGAGUCUUUACAUGGGGUUGGGGUGUUCAUGGUCAAUUAGGUCAUGGUAAUACGGACAAAAAAAUGAUUCCUACGUUAGUUACGUCUCUACUUGGUACAGUUAUACGUUACAUUAGUGCUGGCCAUGCACAUACAUUAGCUCUUUCAACGGAGGGUAUUGUAUAUGCGUUUGGUUGUAAUAUUUUUGGGCAAUUAGGUGUGGGCAAUAAUGUUAAGAGUUCAGUGCCAAUGAAAGUUUCGUUAUCAGAAAGAAUAUCUCUUAUUGCCACUGGAUAUUUCCAUAAUCUUGCUGUUAGUUAUACAAAUAAAUUGUACAUAUGGGGAGCUAGUCCCCAAGUUCUUCGAUUACAAGCACAAAGUCAGAAGCGGACUCGAAUAUUGGAACAACGAGACUUGAAACAGUUUGAUAAUAUUGACGAAUUUGAAAAAAUCACGGAUUCCACGAACAUGAAUGACAUUAACGAAGAAGUCUUAGAAAGUAAUGCACAAAAUAAGAAUGCACAAGCAAAAGCGUGCGGUAUCAGUACAGAGUCGCGAAAAAAAUUAGAUAAUAUAUGCUUAAAAAAUGUAAAUGUCGGGUCAUUAGAAGAAGCUCAAACGCAUUUAAAACCAACCAUUAUAGAUACGAGUUUAGUCAAAGGGGAUAUCAUACAGAUAUCAACUGGCUGCCACCAUAAUGCUCUUAUAACGAAGGAUGGAUCGCUUUAUACAUGGGGUAGGAAUUUGGAUGGUCAGAUAGGCAAUGGUAGCAGACGAGAAGUGCUGAUUCCCACGCCAUUGUGUUAUAAUCCUGCUUCAAUCUUUGCACAAGUACCUCCAAGGCAUAAUGCUUACAAACGAGUAGAAGAGGAACAAGAAUUAAAUGGUGGUAUAAAAAAUUUUUCGGUAAGCGAGAGAAAUGGAAAUGUACACGAUGAAAGCAAAUUAAUCCAAUCAGAAAGCGAAUUGAAGGAAAAAAUAAAUCCUAUAAUAAAAACUGUUGGAGUUUACUGCGGAUAUGAUUAUACGAUUGCGAUUCAACCAGGUGGUACAAUUUUAGCUUGGGGUAAUAAUAGUAGAGCACAAUUAGGCCGGCUUCCUGCAAAAGAUACACGUGACACCGACGAUAAGCUUGUAUUGAUAAAAAAGCGAAUUGUACGGCUCCCUCACGCAUCGCAUGUAGCUUUGGACAUGCCUAGUCAAGUUCCUAAUAUUCCCGCUCCUAUUAUUUCUUAUCAAAGUUACGAUGUACCUUCUUUAGCGGGUGUUGUUCGUCCUUUAAGCCUUAUCGAAAAAUCACCAGGAGAAUUGACGCUAAAUUACGCAUUAGAAUAUUUCUGUGGUUUAUAUGAUUCAUCAAGAAUUAUUGAAAAGUGUAUUGAGUUGGGAAAUUAUCAAGCUUGCUCAAAAAUAGCUAUGUUGCAACAUAAUAUUUCUGAUGCGUUUUUAUAUCAGUUAAAGAUUUUACAUGUACUGAGUCUUCAAUCUUGCUCAAAAGUGAAGUCUGAAAAUUGCGAAAAGACAGAUGGGAAGUCUAUGGAUGAAUCUGAUUUAAAGAAGUCUUCAUCAACACGUCAUGUUAGAAAAAACACUGAACUUUUUAACAAACAGGUGGAGGAGAAUCUGAUCGAUUCUGUCAACGAUUGCGCCGUCAAAAACAAAAUGAAAAUUCCUGCGAGCAAAUCGUUGAAUAGUUUACACACACUUCAACAAGAAUUAUAUACGUUCGAUUGUCAGGGUGGCUUAGAAGAAAUGUGUAAAGAUGUUAAAUGUGAAAACGCACCAAUGGGAAUAUUUGAGGCCAGUUUUGAUUCUGACAGUGGUUCUGAUUCGGAAGAAUGGAUGGAAAAUCUUAUUUUCAAAGAAAACCAAUUACGAAAGCAAGAGAAAGUAGAAAUAUCCACUAAAGAUAGUUCAGGAGUUUCUACUCCCAUAAAGGAUAUUGUAGAUCAGUUGUCUAAAGGCAACGGGGCAUUUCCUGAAAAGAAAAUUACGCGAUCUCGGCAGAAUAUAACUAAUGAAGCUAUAAAAGUAAUCAAGUUUUUCUUGAAUGAAAUGGAAAACGAAAUGGAUACUACCAGAUCUAAAAUAUUACAAGAUGCGCUUGAAUUCUGGAUUGAACACGAUUUACCAAUGCAGAAAAUCAUGGAUAAAUAUUUAGACAUAAAUAAAAAUAAUACCGAAACCAGAAACGUCAUUGCAAUCAACUAUUUUUCUAUUAAGUUUUGUCUUCAAGUGUGUUCAAUGUUAUUACAUCAUAUUGAUCAAGGCCAACCUACUCUUGAAUUCAUUAAGCUGUUAUCUUCUUUAACAGCUGAUCAAUUUGGACCACCAUUGACUGGAUAUCCAGGUUCAAGUGGAAAUAAUACUUCAAAAGAAAUGAUGGAAGGAGUUAUAAACACCAUGUCUUCUAAUAUUCAUGAUUCCAAAUCGUUUGUACAUAUUAAGGAUCCAGAUGCAGUAUAUCGAUUUCUCGAAACUGAAGAAGACACAAUGAUAUUCACAUGUGGACAUCAUUUUCCAUUAGCCUCAUAUAAAACUGAAGUAAUCCCAAUGAUGGAAACCGAGUUACUGACAUCUGAAUCGUUAGUUCUUCCAUGUACAGCUCAAUACUUAGGAAAAAUGUUAUCUGAGACUAAUAAACCGGAAAUAUUAUGCCCUUUGUGUAUACCAAGAGCUCUGGAAACGUUGGUGAAGAAGCAUGAUGGGUGAGAAGUAUGUACCUGAGAUUUUAUUUUAACAAAAAAGAACAAAAAGAUAGAAAAAAAGUUAUAUACAACUUUUUCUUAAGAUCUUAAAAAGACUCUAAAAUUAUACACAUAAAAUGAAUUUUUAAAUUAAUUUUAAUGAACUACAACACUAAAGCAACAGUGAAAAGUAAUUAGCAUAAAUUAAAAUAACAAUAGAUUUAAAUCUACGUUACAUACAACAUUUGUGUUGUAUUCAAUAAGUAUUAUAAAGAACUAUAAAAGAUUAAAGCUCUCUAUAUCUUUGAACCAUAUUUUUUAGAUUAUCUAUACUUAUAGGUAAUUCUACAUAGAUAAUAUUGUUAUAAUGCACUAUAUCUUUUAUUACUUAAGAACAUCUUGUCUUGUCUAAUAUCAGGAGAAUUAUUUCACUACGCACAUAUUCACUGAAAUUAGCUAUUAUGUGUUCAUGAAUUAUCAAGUGAUAUUUCAAUUAUAUAUUACCAAAAUGUAUUGUGAAUUAACAAGAAGUAAUAUAGUAAAGAAGUAACAUUGACAUUUUAAGUAUGCAUAUUUAAAUUUAUAAAUCUUAUGAAAUUAAAAGAAAUGUAAUAAAAUACAUUAUUUUCAGUUAAUAUUCAGCAUUAUAUUUUUAAAAAAAGUUAAAGAUUCAUACGAUACAACGAUAUAACACGAAAAAUGACAAACUGAAUAGUUUUUUUGUCUUCGUCCCGGAGUGAUUUUAUAUUAAAUUAUACAAAUUUUAGAAUUAAUAUUUUGCAAACAUUGCUUAUAAAAUAAUUAUGUUAUUAAUGAAUUUUCAUUUAUGUCGGUUGAUAUAUUCCUUCUAUUAGAGGUUAUAUUUUGCUUAUAUAUAUAUAUACAUACAAUUUUGCUUUUAAAAAUUUUAUUUGAAAAGUAAUUGCUUAUCAUGAUUCUUUGUAUUUUAUUUUAAUUAUAAUUUUUAAUACAACAAAAAAAUUAAGUUAUUGGAUUGUGAAUCAUAUAAACGGCUAUAAAAAAAUAUGUUAUUAGUAUAUGAAAUUUAUUAACAUUUUCGUGAUUAGUGACACAAUACUACACAUCUUUUUAGAGGACGCUCUUAAAUUUUAAUGGAAAAGAAAAGAGAUAAAUAUAUAACAGAAUUGAAUGAGUAAUGAAUUAGUGUUUAUAAUAUUAAUAUGCACGAAAGUGUUAAUAUAUUUAUUAAUCAAAUAUUUGUUACUGUGAAGUUACAAUAUACAAUUGUACAGUAGUUAUAGUAACAUUAUAUAAUAUAUAAAGAAAAAAAAAGAAACAAGAAAUGGACAACUAUUAUUUGUGCAAUCUUAUAAAAUUGAUGCAAAGUGCUAAGGACUGAUAAAAAAAUGUAUUAAUCUAGUCUUCAAAGUAUAUAUCAGAAUAUAUUAGUUGAUCUUAGAGAUUGAAAAGAAUGUCUGAUUAAUAAAAAAGAUAUAUAUUAUGUGAUUCUUUGUGAACUAACUGAUGUUAAUUAGAUAAUUAAUGUAUCAAUAUGGUAGAUACAUAGAGUUGAACUUGUACAUAGAACAUUGUUCACAAAGAAACUUUUGGUUGAAAAUGGAGUAAGUUCAUAAACAUAUUUUGUUGUAUUUUUAAUGUAGAAUUGCAUGAGAGUGGAAAAUAAUACAGGAAUGAUGUAUUUGUGAUUGUCAGAGAACUUCUCUAUUAUAAUUUUAACUAAUACACAUGAAGGUUUUAGAAAUUAAUCAAUAUAACUCAUGGAAUAAUUGUUAGAAUUCUUUUUAUUAUCAUCAUUUAGCUCAAAAAUAUAUUUUUUUCAUUAGUGUGACAUUGUUGAAAUUGUUGCUUUUAUAUUUUUCUAUAGAACAUAUAAAAUUGUCAAUAAGGAAAUAAUCAUUUAAGAAACUGCAAUAUUUUAAUUAAAAAUAGCAUUGAAUAACAUCUAAAUCCUUCUGUUGUAAAAUCUAUGCAUUUUACACGUCUGAUAUUUUUUUCUAUUAAUCAUUUAUUUUAAAUUACAUAAUAUAUUUCAAAAUAUAUAAUAUAUAGUGUAUAUUAUGUUCUUGAUGUAUAAGAAAAGUCUUCAACUUACUUCUUGAUACUUAACGUACGGGUAUAAUGUUAUUAAAAUAAUGAUCAAGAAAUUUAAGCAAAUUUCUUAAAGAUAAUCUAAUCUACUCUAUGUUACUCUAAUCUAUACAAAAUAUAAAGAUUAUGAUUUUUUGCAUGUAAAUUAAAUUAUUCUUCAUCAUAGUAAUCAGACUGAUAAACAAUUUGUUUAAAUUUCAUCUCAAAAUUUCGAUUAAGAUAUUUUAAAUUUAUAUAAAAUCAUUCUUAAAUUUUUAAUUGUACAUGUAUAUGACUGCAAUAAUCUUGUAACAUGUAUCGGAAUGUACAAUUUUGAAUGUCUUAUAAAGUCUUUCACCAAUAGUAUUUAGACAAUUAAAAUAUUGAAUUAAUAAAUAGAAUUAAUAGUAUAACUUUUCCUCUUUGAUUUAAAAUAAAAUUUAUUUAAAUAUUUUAAAAAAUGUUUCACUGUUUAAUUAUCUUUCAGACAACGAAUAACUUAAAAAGAAUAUGAGGAAAUUGAUCAUUUCUUAAAUCUUUUAUUUAAAAAAAUAUAUUGAAAAUACAUAUUUUUCUUCUGUCACAAAUGUUGAAUUACAUACUAUUAUCUCUCACAAAAAGUCUAUACCAAGCAAUCAUAAAAAUAUUUUUUUACAAUAAAAAGACGAUAUUAAAAAGGAAGAGUAUUUGAAGUGAAACAUUAAAUUGAAUGUUUCAGUGAGUAUAACAAUUGCACCCGACGUUCAAGUAAAAAUCGUCGUAAUACUAUGUUUAGAUUUUAAUAUAAUAAAACAUUUUAAACAACUUUUUAACGUUUUAACAGUUGGCAGUUUAAACUGAACACGAUUUCUGUUCAAAUUGAGACUAAAUCUGAAUCUUAAUAGUUUUUAAUCUUAGAUUCCCUAUAAUCUUCAUAAAUCAUUUCAGAUAAAAAGAUAUAAUUCAACUCAGGAACCAAAUGAUUCAAUUAAAGUUUAUUCACGUUACAAGCAAGUAGCUCAAGCUCUUCACGAAUAGCUGCAGGUAAAUCAUUGCCUACUUGCAUAUCGAAAUAUUCCCUAAGAUGCCUAACUUCUUUCUCCCAGAAAGAUUUCGGUAAACUGAACAAUUCCUCCAUAUUUACGUCGUUAUUCAAGUUAUCUAAAUUGAAUGACUCUGACUUUGGUAACAGACCUACGGCAGAAUCUAUCGCGACAUCCUCACCGUCAAUUCUUCGAAGAAUCCAAUCCAAAACGCGAGAAUUCUCGGCGAACCCUGGCCACAGAUAUUUGCCAUCCGCAUUCUUCCUGAACCAGUUCACAUGAAAUAUAGCUGGAAGCUUAGCAUUCUUCACUUUGGUCAUACUCAACCAAUGAUUGAGAUAGUGCCCGAAAUUGUAGCCAAAGAAAGGUCUCAUAGCGAACGGAUCGUGCAUGAUUAUCUUGUCCGUGUGUUCUGCUGCAGCGGUAGCUUCAGAUCUCAUCGAAGCUCCAAUGAAAACACCAUGCUGCCAAUUUCUAGCUUGAUAUAUAAGAGGAAUGCCUUCUGGUCUUCGUCCUCCAAAAAGAAUAAUAUCAAUGGGAACACCAGCUGGAUCUUCCCAAGCAGGAUCAAUAAUAGGGCAUUCUUUGAUUGGAGUACAGAAUCUGGAAUUCGGAUGUGCUGCUGGUGUCUUGGAUCCUCUAUUCCACUUCUUGCCUCGCCAGUCGGUGAUCUAUACAACAUCAUCGCUGAUUUCUUCCUCCAUUCCUUCCCAGAAGACUCCACCAUCGCUGGUAGCAGCCACGUUGGUGAAAAUAGUAUUCUUAAAGAUAGUUUUCAUGGCAUUAGGAUUGGUAAUACUAUUGGUUCCGGGAGCUACGCCGAAAAAACCAUUUUCUGGGUUUAUGGCACGAAGUCUGCCCUCUCGAUCGAAUCUCAUCCAAGCGAUGUCAUCUCCUACACACUCGAUCUUGUACCCUGGUAACGUCGGCUUCAGCAUAGCUAGGUUUGUCUUGCCGCAUGCACUGGGGAACGCUGCAGUAAUGUAACGCUUUCUACCUUUUGGAUCUGUGAUAGCCAGUAUGAGCAUAUGCUCCGCAAGCCAUCCUUCAUCUUUAGCAAUAGUUGAGCCAAUUCUUAGGGCGAAACACUUUUUACCAAGCAAAGAAUUUCCACCGUAACCACUGCCAUAAGAAACUAUCUCAUUUUUGUCUGGUCUAUGAAGGAUGAUGGUCCUUUCAGGAUCACAGGGCCAGGAAGAAUUAAUUUCAAUUUUUGAGUCGCUUUUUGCAACACCAACAGAAUGCAGACACUUGACAAAAUCGUCAUUGCCAAGCGUUUCUAAGACCUUUUUUCCUAUCCUGGUCAUUAUUCUCAUGCAACAAACAACAUAUGCCGAGUCUGUGAUCUCUAUUCCAAUUUUUGAGAAAGGUGAACCCACUGGACCCAUGCUAAAGGGGAUGACGUACAUCGUUCGAUCU